UUUCCCAGUCGGCGGACGUGUUUUAAUCGGCGGACCCACAAGUCCCAUCUAGAAUCGAAUCUCAGAGGUAGAAACCAGAGUGAAGAAUUGCGCGCGCGGCAAAAAAUAUGAACGCUGAUUCCUAACAAGUUCGAAAAAAAAAAAACUAUUUUUUUCUGGUGCCUGCAAAAAAGCAGAAAUACAAACAAAGUUGUUCCCGAGCUGUGCUAAAAUCAAGAUAAAUCAUUGGAAUACCUCUUUAUACACGAAACAAAAAAUGUUUGCUGACAUGUUGGUAGUGAGAAGGCACUAGGCUCUGAUUACCAUUACCGGACGACAGCAAGAUGAUCAAGUUCCGCUACAAGAGGAAGGAACCCACCAAUUUGGUGGUGACUCCAGCAGAAGGAGGAGGAGGAUCGCCAAGUGCCCCGGGAACCACAGUUGCCCCAGCUGGAGUUGUAACCUCCCCUAUUACCGUGCCCGUGCAGAUGCACCACCCCCAACUGAGCCACCUGAUCAGCAACAAUGGAGGCACUCUGCCCAGGAGCAGUCCCCGGAAACUCAACCUGGAUGGAGGCGACAAGUCGGCCACCUUGACCCGCCAGCAGUCCAAGCAGAAGUCGGUCAGUGCUUUGGCCAAGGUGGCCAGCAGCGUGGAGUUGGCCGUAAUGGGCUACAAUGGCAACGGGAAUAGCAUGAACGGCAUCAACAUGGCGGGAAACUCGGAAAGGGAUCGGUGCAUCAAUGCGGUUAUCGAACUCUUCCAGCAGCUGCAGACCAGUUCGGAACCGGCCUUGUGUCCGGAGCCACUGCGUCGAGCUUUGGCCAGUGGUCCGCUGGCAGGACGACGCUUCCCCCUUGGAUGCCUGGGCGAUGCCGCAGAGUGCUUCGAGCUCCUGCUGCACCGCGUCCACUCGCACAUCUCGCCGGAUGACGGCGACUCCUGCGAGUCCUCCGCCUGCAUUGCCCACCGAAGGUUCGCCAUGCGCGUCAUCGAGCAGAGCGUCUGCAAGUGCGGAGCCAACUCCGAGCAGCUGCCCUUCACCCAGAUGGUCCACUACGUCUCCGCCUCGGCCUUGACCUCCCAGAAGAGUCUGGCCCUGCAGUCGCACCAGCAGCUGAGUUUCGGCCAACUUCUGAGGGCCGCCGGCAACAUGGGCGACAUACGCGAUUGUCCGAACACCUGUGGCGCCAAGAUCGGCAUAUGCCGUGCCCUGCUCAACCGUCCGGAUGUGGUGUCCAUCGGCAUUGUUUGGGACUCGGAGCGACCGGCCGCCGACCAGGUGCACGCCGUCCUGAAGGCCGUGGGCACCAGUCUGCGGCUGGGCGACGUCUUCCAUCAGGUCAGCGAGCAGCGGUGGGCCCAGCAGACGCAGCACGAGCUGGUGGGGAUCGUCUCCUACUACGGCAAGCACUACACCACCUUCUUCUUCCACACGAAGCUCAAGGUGUGGGUGUAUUUCGACGACGCGAACGUCAAGGAGGUGGGUCCCAGCUGGGAGGGCGUGGUGGACAAGUGCAGCCGAGGCAGAUACCAGCCCCUGUUGCUCCUCUACGCGGUUCCCCCAGGGGGAGGAGUCGGAGGAGGAGUUCCGGAUGCAGUGACCAUUCCAACGAGUGCCCCGGUGAUUCGUCGCGCCGUGACUCCCAGUCCCGAGAAGCCCAGUUUGGGCAGCACCCGACGGGCCAUUACCCCCACGCCCCUGAGGACGCCGCCCAUGCCCACCAACGAUUACCAGAACCUGAGUGUCAUCCAGAAGAGCAUCUUUCCGGGCUACCUGAUGAGCAGCGACGAGACGGACGCCUACAUCAGUAGGAAGACGGUGGAGCAUGUGCUGAGUGCCCAGUACCAGAAUCUGAGUGUGAUCCAGGACAAGAUAGUAGCUCCUCCAGGAGGAGCAACACCAGCUAACCAACAAAAUGCCGACAAGGAUGGAGGCUUCCUCAGCCGCAAGCCCAUCGAGGCGGUGCUGAGUGCCCAGCUGGCCAGGCGGCAGCACCUGCAGCUGCAGCGCAGCCACAGUGCGGAGUCCAGUUCGGGCCACGCCUCCUCCUCCAACGGGAGCAGCCCGCCCAGCGAUGGGCUCACCAUGCCGGAGCACCUCAACCAGCCGCGUCGUCGGGACUCGGGCAACUGGUCGGGGGAUCGGAACAGCGCCAGUUCGGCCAGCUCCACCACCCUGGACAAUCCCUAUCUGUACAUGGUGGCCAAGAGGGGCGUGGCAGCGGUGCCGCAGAGUCCCACGCGACACGGGCUGCCCUACGAUCCCGGCUACGACUCCUUCUCGCUCAGCUCCACGGACUCGUAUCCGCCGAAGCACGCCCUUAACCCGCAGCUGGCCAAGAUUCCCGAGGCGGCCAUGGGUGCAAUGGUGCCAAAUGUAGUGCCCCAUGGACAUGGUCAGCUGGCCCUGUCGGGGGACUGCGAGAAGCUCUGCCACGAGGCGGAUCAGCUGCUGGAGAAGUCGCGACUGGUGGAGGAGUCGCACGACCUGGAGACGGCACUCGUCCUCUGCAAUGCGGCCGCCGGAAGGGCGAGGGCGGCCAUGGAUGCGCCGUACAGCAAUCCGCACACCAUGACCUUUGCCCGGAUGAAGCACAACACGUGCGUGAUGCGGGCGAGGAGCCUGCACCGCCGCAUUCUGGUGGAGAAGGGGGCGGAGACGGAGGCCAUGCCGGAACUGAAGCACAUGCGGGAGGGCAGCACCAGCAGCGUGAAGCAUGUGCGCCAGAACAGCAAGGAUCGCACGCUGGAGAAGGAGCAGCAGUUGCAGCAGCAGCAGUUGCAGUUCCAGCAGCUGCAGCAGCAGAUCCCCGCCAGCAUCGAGAUCUAUGCCACGCUGCCCAAGCGCAAAAGUCCCCUGAAGACGCUGGCCUCCUCGGCGGCCGCCUGCGACGACAAUGCCAUCGAGUACGAGCAGCAGGUGACCACCACCAGUAGUCCCGGGAAGCCGGAGCGGGAGAGUCGCUCGCUGUUCGGCCGGAAGGACAAGGACAAGGAGAAGGAGAAGCGCAGUCGCAGCGAGGAUCGCAACAAGCUGACCCGCGAGUUCUCGCUCACCGAGACGCUGCUCGUCAAUGCCAAGGAUACGCUGAAGAAGCACAAGGAGGACAAGGACGAGAAGAAGGAGAAGGACAAGAGCGGCAAGAAGCAGCACAAGAUCAGGCGCAAGCUCCUGAUGGGCGGCCUCAUCCGGCGCAAGAACCGCUCCAUGCCCGAUCUCACCGAGGCGGUGGACGACGGAGUGGCCUCCAGUGGGAACCACCACCAUCUGCCGCACUACUCCACCAACCAAGGGGGAGUGACCACGGCGGCGGGCACCCUUCUAGGCAGCUCCGUGGACGACAGUGCCGUGGGUCUGGGCAAGCAUGGCCAGCACGGCAUGAGUGGCUACAUCUCCGAGGGCCACUUUGACUACCCGGGCUCGAGUUCCGCGAGCGGAGGAGGCAGCAAUGCUGGCAGCAAUCCCAAUCCGAAUCUCGAGCGGAGCAAGCUGAUGCGCAAGAGCUUCCAUGGCAGCGGCAGGCAGUUGACUAUGGUGCCCAAGGUGGCGCCACCGCCGCCCAUGCGCACCAGCUCCACCCUGACCCCCCAGCAGCAGCAGCAGUUCCACCACGAGGCCAACCUGUCCAAUCUCUCGGCUAUGAGCUCGAACACCUCGAUCAGCGAGGACUCCUGCCAGACGAUCAUCACCACCUGCGCCCAGGUUCACUCGGAGCAGAGUCCGCUGAAGGAUCUGCAAAUGCUGCAGUCUGCCGUUGGCCAGGAUGAGCUGCCCCUGCCGCUGCCGCCCAUGGAACUGCCUCCGUACCCCAGUCCGCCGCACUCCGCCUGCCACUCGCGGCAGGCCAGCGAGGAUUUCCCGCCGCCACCGCCGCCCGAAUUGGACCUGGAACCCCUCAACCAGCAGCUCAGCCAGCUGCAGGCCCUCGAGGCGGCCAGCAAGCACCAGCGCCAGCAGCUGGACUCCCUGGAGGGCACCACCAGCAUCCUGGCCCAGCUGCAGCAGCGCCAGCAUCUGCUCAAGCUGCGCAAGGAGCAGCAGGCCAGCCACCCGGUGGACGCCAACUGGCUGAAGGAGCUGCAGGCCAAGCAGGCCAGCGAUCUGCGGGCCAUGCAGCGCAAGCUGGAGGCCUCUUCGCCGUCGAGUGUCCGGGAUCUGGCCCACCGCUUCGAGCAGACCUCCAUUCGAUCCUACGCCUCGCAGGAGCUGCUCUCCCAGGCGGGAGGACAGCCGGUGGGUCAGCUGCGCACCCAGAUGAACGGACUGCCCAGUGGCGGGGCAGGGGCAUCCAAGCUGGAUGUGGAUGAGGUGGACUCCAUGCCGGCGGUGAGGAGCACCCACCAACUGCUGCCCAAGCCCAAGUACGAGAUGAGCCAAUCGCAGAUCGCCGAGGAGAUCCGCGAGGUGGAGCUGCUCAACACGAUGGUGCAGCAGACACUCAACCAGAACGGAGUCGCUGCGCCACCCAAGCGGGUGAAGAAGAAGAGCGUCUCCUUCUGCGACCAGGUGAUCCUGGUGGCCACCGCAGGGAACGAGGAGGACGACGACUUCAUACCCAAUCCCAUACUGGAGCGGGUUCUCCGCACUGCCCAGCAUCCCAACGAGAAGGUCACCGCCCAGAUGAUCCAGCAGCAGCAGCAGAAUAUGCUGCGCUUGCAAACGGAGGCGCAGCCGCGUCAGCAGUUGCAGCAGCAGCAGCAACAGUUGCAGCAGCAACUGCAACAGCAGCAGCAGCAGCCAUCGCCCAUGUUGGGCCAGCGACCAGCGGCAGCCGCAGCGGAUAUGCAGCGAUAUGUGCAGAGGAUGCAACAGCAGCAGCAGCAGCAGCAACAUCAGGAGCUGCUACGCCAGCAGCAGCAGCAGCAGCAGCAACAGCAGCAGCAGCAACAUCGCACCAGCAUGAGCGGCAUAGCCAGCCAGCAGCACCUGCAGCAAAUGGACGCACAGUACACCACCAUGCCGCGUCCCCUGCACCAUCCGCCACCUCAGCUGGGCAGCUACUCGGUGCACCUGCAGAAGCACCAGCAACUGCAGCAGCAGCAGCAGCAACAGUUGCAACAGCAGCAGCAGCAGCAACAGCAGGCCUACUUCAGCAACGGCAAUGUGGCGACCACCGAGCAAGUGCCUUUGCCUUCGCCCUACCAGCGAGUGCCCCUGCCACAUGGCUAUCAACCAGCGGUGCAAGCAGCAACAGCUGGACCCUACUACCCACUGCCCAAUGCCCAGCAGCAUCAGCAGCAGCAGCAACAGCAGCAACAGCAGCAGCAGUUGCAGCUGCAACAGCAACAGCUGAUGGCCAAGCCCGUGCAGAAGAAGGUGAGCUUUGAGCCGGGGACCAAGGGCGAAGCCGAGUGCCUGCCACCGCCGCCGCCGCAAAAGAAUGGACUGCCCGAGCCGGCGGGAUCACCAGGAGCACCAUCGGGGGCAGCAGCCGGGCCCGGGGGCAACUCCUCGGCCGCCAUCACCGCCAUACCCACCCGCGUCUACAACAAUGCCAUCGUGAAGGCCUCGGCCAAGGCCGUCGAGUGCAACUUGUGCCGCAAGCGGCAUGUGAUCGCGCCGGCGGUUUACUGCACCAACUGCGAGUACUACCUGCAGAUGCUGAACCAGCGCAGAUGAUGAUGACGACCCUGGUUGUGGACCGUCUCUAGUGCAACUUUCUAGCCGUACAUGGAACCCGUUAAUCUCAAGCAAUGCAAUGCUGCCACGUCGCCAAUAAGGAUCCGCCAAGGAUGUACAUAGCAUGGUUACAAAUACGUAGGUCUAAGGACGAAGGGCUGGCGGGCGACUCGAGGAUCGGGGCGGAACGCAGAAACGGAGGGGGAACACGCACAGUCCUUCUAUGGUUCCACAUGAGAAGCUCCCGCUGUGGCACACAACCCACCCACCACUCACCACCCACUCAUCCAUCCAUGUCCAUGUCCCCAAGCACACGCACACAAGCAUAUUGUACACGCCCAUCCACCGCCUACACAUAUACUUGCCCUGAGGCCCUCGACUGGGUUGUAAAC